UGGUGUCACGUGGUGCUUUUAAAGUGCUGGAGUUUUGGAUGGGUUGCACAAAGUGGACUGAAGCUUCCAGCACAACGACCUCACCUGAGGACUUUAGCAAGAAUGGACGCAGGUCUCAGACAGAGCAACGGGGAACACGGGAAAAAGGGCUCUUUGACCUCCUCCUACCUGGAAGAACCAAUAAACCAAUCAGGAGUGUUGUCUUGCAUCUUCUCCCUGAAGGAAGAGGUUGGCGCACUCGCAAAGGCUCUCAGACUGUUUGAGGAGAAAGGCAUUAACCUGACCCACAUUGAGUCCCGUCCAUCACGCAAGAAUAAAUUGGAAUAUGAGUUCUUCAUCAGUGUGGAUUCGGCUUCCUCAAAUGUUCUUGACGAAGUUGUGGAUAGUCUGCGCAAACAGAUCAGUGGCCAAGUGCAUGAGCUGUCUCGCAACAAACAGAAAGACACAGUUCCAUGGUUCCCCAAUGACAUCCAGGACUUGGAUCGUUUUGCCAACCAGAUUCUCAGUUAUGGGUCAGAGCUGGAUGCAGACCAUCCUGGCUUUACAGACCUGGUGUACCGAGCCAGGAGAAAGGAAUUUGCUGACAUUGCCUACAACUACAGACAUGGACAGCCUAUUCCUCAUGUGGAAUACACUGCUGAAGAGAAGGCCACAUGGGGAACGGUUUUCAAAGAGUUGAAGACUUUGUACCCCACACACGCCUGCCGUGAACACAACCGUGUUUUCCCACUGCUGGAGAAAUACUGUGGGUACCGUGAAGACAACAUCCCACAGCUAGAGGACAUCUCACGCUACCUGCAGUCAUGCACAGGUUUCCGGCUGCGCCCUGUGGCAGGUCUCCUCUCCUCUCGGGACUUCUUGGCUGGUCUCGCCUUCCGAGUGUUUCACUCUACCCAGUACAUACGCCAUAGCUCCAAGCCCAUGUACACACCUGAGCCGGACAUCUGCCAUGAGCUGCUGGGACAUGUCCCAUUGUUUGCUGACCCAAGUUUUGCCCAAUUCUCACAGGAAAUUGGACUUGCUUCCUUGGGCGCACCUGAUGAAUUCAUUGAGAAGCUGGCUACAGUCUACUGGUUCACCGUGGAAUUCGGUCUGUGCAAGCAAGGAAAUGAAGUAAAAGCUUAUGGAGCUGGUCUGCUCUCAUCUUUUGGAGAACUCCAGUACUCUUUGACAGACAAACCAAAACUCCAGCCCUUUGAGCCAGAGAGCACGUGCCUGCAGAAGUAUCCCAUCACAGAGUUCCAGCCAGUUUACUUUGUGGCUGAGAGUUUUGAGGAUGCCAAAGAAAAAGUCAGGAGAUUUGCAGCCACCAUUCCCAAACCUUUUUCAGUGCACUACAAUGCAUACACACAGAGCAUUGAGGUGUUGGACAACACACAGCAGCUGAAAAACCUGGCUGACAGCAUCAGUGGUGAGAUCUCAGUCCUUUGCAAUGCCCUAAGGAAGAUGGAGUGAAGAUGGAGAAUUUUACUAUUUUAGAGGAAAUUCUGGAAUGUCAAAUGUGCUUUACAAAAUCUUAAGUAGCUAUACAGUUUUGCUUUUUAGGCCUAUAUCAUCACUUUUAGUUGUACUAAUUAGAUUGUGCUAGAGAGAGAACUAACCACGUUUGUCAUAGUAUUAAAUUAGUCAAAUGUAGAACAUUUGUAUAGCCUAAUUUAGCAAGUCCAAAUAUUGACCGCGUAUUUAUCUGAAAUAUAACGAAAUAUUACGAACAAAAUAGCUAUGCAAAAAAAAUUGCUUUUAAAUACCAAAAAUGUGCUUUAAGCAUUAUAAGGCAGGUUGGUUGCAGUAUUUGUUAUUUUAUAUAUUAUUAGCUUUUUUUUCUCUGUCUCUGGAUAGAUUAAGAGUAAAAAAAUAAAGAUUGCUUACCGUCGAACUUUUGUUUCAGCUGUUGCUGCUUCUUAUUGUACAGUGUUGCUUUAUAAUUCACGGGAUAAUUUUUCCAAGCACGCGCAAUUAAUGAAAUCACAAGAACAAGGGCUUGAUGAUAGGCCACCAGGAAAUUAGGAAUUUCAUUUGGGGGAUUAAUCCUUUCUCGAGUAAAAUGUAUUUGAUUUAAAACAUUGUUCAGAUGCUCCAAAUUAAAACUGAAGUUUAAUAAUGGAGUAGUUUAACUGAACAGGCUACUUGCAAAACAUAGUAACGCUUCACUGUGAACGCAAUUCUGCAGCCUGAAAAUAUAAUUCGUCGGUGGCUGUUUUAAAGACAUAAGAAAUUGAAUUGAAAUGUUACGCAUGCAUUGUUAUGAUAUAUUUCAAGUUAUCAAUAAAGUGUAUUAUUGUUAUUAUUA